ACGUGUAAAAUACCUGAUGUGGGCUAAUUGAAAGUAACUGUAAAAAUAACCGUAAAGAAAUUCUCGAUUAUACUGUUUUCUCUAUAAUACAUAAAAAUGUAACUCAAGUGAUCAAAAGAUUAGAAAUUAAUACAACUUAUUUUUCAAAUUUUUAAAAAGGAUAUAAUCACAGUAUAGAAAAAAAAAACUAUAAAGUUAUGUAACAUACUCGUAUUGAGAUUUUUGUUUAAAUAAUAUGUUAUCACCUUAAUUUAUAUAAUUAUUAAAAGAAGCUACCGUGUAAAUUUUAACAAAGCGUUUGCAUGAUCCGAACACACGAAACCUCUCUGAAUAUGAAAGUUUUGAAAGUAGUCGGGUACAAUUAAAUAAUCUCAGACGUCCUGCAUCGAUAGCCCACAUUUUCCGUACGAAGCGUAAUCACCACGGUUAGAUCGAUGUUAUUAGCAUACUUAUAAUGAUAUCUUCCAAACACACUUUCGAAAGUCGAAACGAAGUCAAGCAUGGGGGCGACCCGCAGCUUUUUAAUUUAGUUAGAGCAGUCUAUGCGGUGUCACCUCAUUUUCGUUCCGAUCACGACGCGGUAACGAUGGGCUCCCUCAUCAUUGUUUUAACAGCCUUCGCUGUAUAUUGCAGUGAGGUGUAUUGUGACACACUUCCGACCAAGGUCGCUAAACCGGAAGAUAUCGUGCUCCUCGAAAGAAACAACAACAGUUAUGCGAUAAUUGAGAAGGAAAACUUUUGGAAAAAUAUCAGUCUAUCGAGGCGCAAACCGACGAAAGUAGAGGAUGAACCGAGGAAUCUGAGCAACACGAACACCGUGGCGGACAAAAGAAGAGGACGAUUUCUGAGUAGUUUGGCCUUUCUAACUGGCCUCAGCUUCGGCGGAUUGGCCACCGCGGCAUCCUCCGGCAUGAAGAGUAUCGCUAAAAUGCCGCAAGCCUUCAGUAUAAACCUAGGUUCUUCGAAAACCUCACCAUACUUCGCCGCCUAUUACAGUCAAUACCCCUAUACUCCCUUGCUGCCUUAUCCGUUUUUUUAUCCCGGUUCGCUCGGACUCACGUCAAUAGACCCCGCGAAACCCCAGACGCCGCAGAACGAUUUAACGCCGCAAGUGAUAAACCUGUUGGACAACCGACCGAUCGAUCUCGCGGAGAACAACGAGGAUUAUACAGAUACGGAGAAGUUGAACGCGGCCAAUGGGGCUGACGAUCGCAAAAGAUUGCGAGUCGAAGUCGAUCGAAACGCGGAAGAGAAGGGUACGAUAAGCAGGUGCAAAGAGAGUCAGCGAAAACACAGCAACACCUUGAAAGGAAUGGCCAGAGAGCGUGAAUAUCUUGAAACGAAUGCCGCCGAUUUGCGAGAAACAUUGAAUUUUCGAGUUGCGAAUCAGACCAUAUUUGAUAACGCAACUACGACAAAUUCACCUUCAAAUACAACCCAUCACCACCACCACCACCAUCAUCAUCAUGGUCAUAAGGAAUAUGGUCAUCCGCACUUCCCAGGAUAUUACGGUGGGUAUCCACAGAAUAUACAUCACGUGGAGCUCACGACGUUGCAACCGUACAGUCAGAUCAGCUACAACGUACCGUAUGAACAGCCCGCUAAUUUUUAUCCCGACGAUAAAUAUAAUAUUUAUUCGGGUCCUAAUCCACCUUUCUCCGCGUCCGAUCAUACAAACGAAUAUGCAGGCUCGGACUUUAACCGAUUGUAUCCUUCGGGAUAUCAACCGCCAAAUAUCAGCGAUGGCUUUAAACCCGUGAUAUAAGAUUUAGAUAAAGCUCGUGAAAUUCCAUCAAAUUGUGAAUUGUAUCAUGGUGAACUUGUAAAAAUUUAAAUCUUCGCAAUUAAAGAAAUUGCUUAUUAUACAAAAAUUUAAAUUCAUAAGAUGAAUAAGAUCAAGAGAGAGAGAGAGAGAGAGAGAGCAAGAGAGAGAUAUCUUAAUAGCGUGUUUAAAACUAUACAAUUUAUCAUAUAUCUAACUGUGCUUAUUAUGACGCAUUAUAAUUAAUUUUCGAGUCAGUUAUACUAGAAUUAUAAAAAAUUUUAGAAAUAUUUGAUAUAUUUCGUUUUGUAAAGUUCAGACAAAAUUGAGGUAUUUUGUUAUAAUUUAUUAUUUUUAUAUAUAAGUUUAUUUGUUAUAUAUUAAGAAGCACGCCCACGUUAAAAAGAUAUAGAUGAAGUGUUUAAAGUUUUUUUUAUAUCAUAUUUUCUAAUAUCCAUUUAUACUAUUAUAUUUGCAACCUAACAGACACAUAUAUUGUACUGUCAAUUAUUGAAAUAUAUCGUCUGUCAAUUUUAUCUAAUUACAUUUUGAUUUAUGAUAGUUUUCCUAGUUUAAAUAUAAUUAUCACUAGAUAUUUCAUGUUUGUUUUUUUUUUUAAGAAAUACAUAAUUUCUUAUAAAUUAGUUGUAUAAUAUCAAUGAUUAGUAUACAACUUUAUUAUUGAAGCUUAAUUACAACACAGAAAAAUUACUUUAAGUUAACGACAUAUUCUUUGAAAGAAUGUAUACAUUGGAGCAAUAUCUUAUGUAAUAAAAGUGAUGUAAAAGUUACAUAAUAAUUUAUUAUAUUUUGUAACAGCCAAGAAUCUAAUUGCUAAUAUGCGCACAACUCUCAUUUUUUCUAUUUUUUAAGUAAUUAU